AUGGCGGACAUCAUUAGAAUCAACCGCGAGGGUCACCACGAGGUCAAAACGGGUCUGGGAUGGCGAAGAGUCCUGUCUCCUCUGAGCGGUGAAGCAGCGACCGACUUGCCCGUUAUCGACAUCAGCGAUAUCACUCAUCCUGACAGGCAACGUCGGAGGAAGAUUGCGAGAAGCAUAUGCGCAGCGGCCAGCAAUUGCGGCUUCUUCUACAUCAGGGACCAUGGCGUGCCGGACAGUGCAGUUGCGUCGAUAUUCCAAGAGACCAAGCGUUUCUUCCACGAUCUCACGCUUGAAGAGAAGAUGGAGUUCGACACCGAGAAGCAUGAGCAUUACUACGGAUAUUAUCCCAUCAAGCUCAACCCGGACCAACCUGCUGGAGCGAAGCUCAAUGAGGGCAUCAACUAUGGCUAUGAGCCCGGUGCUGACCCUGACGCCGAUGCCACGACGCCGCAGAACAAUGGUGAUAACUGGUGGCCCUCGGAAGACCGCCUUCCUGGCUACCGGGACACCGUGAACGUCUAUAUGUCGCACAUGCUGAGGCUGAGCCGGGCUCUUCUGCGCAUGUUCGCACUCGGCCUGGAUUUGGACGAGCACGCCUUCGACUAUCUGGCCACGCGACCAUAUUCGAUCUUGAAAAUGGCGCAUUAUCCUGGCGAGCUCUUUGGGACGGACGAACCAUCAUCUAUCCGGCCCCAUACCGACUUCGAGCUGCUGACGAUAUUGCUGCAAGAUGAAAUUCCUUCGCUGGAGGUAUUGUCGAAUACAGGUCGAUGGAUCCAGGCGACACCCGUGGCGAAGACGUUCGUGGUGAACAUUGGUGACUCGAUGUCGAUGCUCACCAACGGGCAAUUCGUGUCGACUAUGCAUCGAGUACGGAACACGUCAAAACAAGCCAGAUAUUCUGUGCCCUUCUUCCUUGGUGCGAACCAGGAGGCAGAACUUCGUGCGCUGGAUAGGUUCAUCACUGCUGAACAACCGGCCAAAUUUCAACCUAUCGCUUCUGGAGAAUAUAUCCGUCGAUCUCUCCAGGGCGUCUAUUCCAAACCAAACACAGAAAUCAUCUACGACACCAUUGAGCUUCAAGCAUGA